CUUUAAGAACAUUUUUAUAGGAUUGUCAACAAUGCCUACAAGGACCGCUGAGAUUACAGCUGGGAGUGUUGGCUCGCGACGGAAACGGAACGCUAUGGAGCAGUAACUUAUUAACUUGCUUACAUUGUUGUUUGAAGCAGGACCUCAUGUGAUCCAUGCUAGCACUGCAGAAUCCGCAACACGCUUAUACUUGCAACCGUAGCUAGAAGAUGGGACAAUCGGCACCGUGAUAUCCUAACAGGCUCGGUCUCAUGCAUCACUUAGUGUCCUGGGAGCUUCCAGUUCAUGGGCAUUAUGGAGGAACCUGUAGAGGAGUACAAGUCUCCGUUCAACUUUGAGCAGGGAGUGAACAGCAGCUACCUCUACCUGUCACCUGAAGAGAGUUUGACUCCCCCUGGUUCACCGGUACUGCCGCUCAGAGGGCCCAAGAGUCCAGACAUCUUCCCAGAAGUCGGUGAAGAUGUGAAUGCAGUGUAUGCAGUGCCCAGUUCCCCCUGCACGGCCCUAACUGAGGAAGAGCAAGCAGAACUCAGCAGUGAACUAGCAAAGGUGGAAGAGGAGAUCCAGACUCUUUCUCAGGUGCUGGCAGCCAAAGAGAAGCAGGUGGCCGAGAUCAAGCGGAAACUGGGCAUCACUCCACUCAACGAGUUCAAACAGAACCUGAGCAAAGGCUGGCAUGAAGUCACCACCUCCACUGCGUAUAAGAAGACCUCAGAGACCCUGUCUCAAGUGGGUCAGAAGGCGACGACAGCGUUCUCCAGUGUGGGCUCAGCCAUUGGCAGAAAGCUAGAGGACGUGAGAUUACAGUCAUUUUCCAAUUCUUUUGGUAUACACUCCAUACAGCAUUCGGCUAGCAUGCCGCUGAUGAGAAACACACCCACCUUCAAGUCAUUUGAGGAGAAGGUGGAAACCAUAAAGACCAAGAUGAACCCAACCCCAUCAACAGGCGAUACCGAAGAGGUUUCAGAAUCCACACCUGACGGAAAGCCAGUGGUUGAACAGCCAGAGGGAACGUGUCCACCAGAUCAAAAACCACACUGAGGAUCCACCUUCAAACGCUUCCCUCUUCUCUCUUGUUACCUCCUGUUUCCCUUCUUUCAUUCCACUGUUGUGCUUCUACAUAGUCACUGUGAGCUUUGUUUUGUGGCAGUAUUUGUCCACUGAAGUCUGGGUCAUCUCCAGACGGGACUUGGUGGUCCUACACUGGAGCAGACAUGUCCGAAUGUGAGAUGUUCUGUAUGUUCCCUCAUGCACUGUCACACUAGAGCAUUGACCUUUGACCCCUACCUUCAGGUCUGUGUUGUUUUAGCCUCCUGAGAGGCUCAGGCUGUCCUUUAGAAGUCCCUAAACAUUUCCAUGUACUCUUUUGAAGAAUAUAUCCUUAAGGCAUUAUACAAAGUUUAAAGAUGUAAUUGAAUUUGACUUCUUGUUUGUGUAAAUUCACUGUAGCACAUCCAGCUACUUAAAAUUGCCAGAUUUCGCUGUGUAUAUAUAGUUCAUCUUCUGUUUUUAAAACAAAUGCCAAAAAGUGUGAACUUUGAACGGAAAUAUUUUUGCAUAGAAAGUUUAUUGAUUUGUAUUAUUAGCAUUAAUACCAAAUAUGAUCAAAUAGUAGUGAUGUUAGACUAUUUAAUUACUUCAUAACUUCAUUACUUAUUUCAUUAGAUUUAGCUUUAGAGAGUUUGUCAUAAAAUGAGCAGACUUGAGUUGACAGUGUGCUUUGUGAUUUGAUUUCUCUUUAUUUUUAUGCCGUUAGUAUAGUCGCACCACUGAGAUCCCAGUGCUUUCUGUUGCUAAAACUGGGAAGGGUUAAUCUCACUUUAAGGGUGUUUCUGAUAGCUUUGUCAUUUGAUCACUGUUGUAUUUUUUUGUGUGUGCGUGUGACAGGAAAGAAGACAUAUUAUGAGAGGGACAGACAUCAUAGUCUCCUAGACAGCACUUCUUCCCUGUUGUUUAAACUGACUAACACAGUUGUACAGCAGUGUGAAAAAACUAGCUUUAGAUCUAGUGCAAUCCAUAAUAUUUACAAACUCUAAAUCUAGUGUUAUUUGUGUAGCCGCUUACACUAGUACCUACUGUAAUGUUGUGGCAUCUUCAAGACUGCAAAAUUAAAAACUAUAUAUUUAUAUUGAUAUUGUUAGAAUUUCUGAACUAUAGAUAAAAAGGUGUAAAAUGUAUGAUUUGGUAGUGGUUGCUAAAGGCUUUGGUGUGCAGGAGCUUCUGCUUGUGCUCAUUUAGAUGGUACUUUCUGCUACGCUGCUGCAAGAAAUAUUCAGAGAAUAGAAAUCAAAAUGUUUACAGAGGUUUAGGUUCAGCAUGUAUGAUCUAUUACUCUAGACCUAGUGUUGAUAUCCAAAAUAAAAUAAUACUACUGUGGAAAAUAUUGUUAAGGGUUUUCUGUUUAAAACAGUGUUUUAUUUGUGUUGAUUUUAUAGAUGGAGGGUGGGAAUCCCCAGCGGGACCAAACAUGUUUUAAUUUCUCCCCCUUCUGCUUCACUGAAGUUUGUAUCAUCUUUCCUCACAUCAUCUUUUAAAUAUGAAUGUUGCUUUAUAGUCAAUGUCUCUAAUGGCCUUUUGUCUUGGGUUACAGUUGUGGUAGUUGAAUCUGCUGUUUUGUUCACUUAUAAUUAACAUCCGGAAACUAGAACUAUUUUGAGUUAUAUAUAUAUAUAUAUAUAUAUAUAUAUAUAUAUAUAUAUAUAGAAACA